CUUCUACAUCUCACGAAUGUCGCUGAGUUGUCACACAAAAAUAGCCGUUGGCCUGCCUCUUGUCUUCGCCGAAUGACAUAUCUGCUUGCUUCUUCAGCGUCGUCGACGGAGGGCAAAUUUUCUUAUCAUAUGUCUUCUAACUAAUUAACUCAAAGCAUAAAGGGAUAAAGGGCGCGUGCCCAGGUGAAGAAAUCGGCUGUGGCUCCGUGAACGACAAGCGCGGCUGCGGUAACCGGAGGUGGCGGUUCCUUUGGUUUGGAAUUUUAACACAAGAACUUAGAGCCAAGGAUGUCUCUUCGUAUAAAGGCUGUGGUAGAUAAGUUUGUUCAAGAGUUGAAAGAAGCAUUAGAUGCUGAUAUUCAAGAUAGGAUCAUGAAGGAGAGAGAGAUGCAAAGUUAUAUUGAAGAGCGUGAGCGUGAAGUAGCGGAGCGUGAAGCUGCAUGGAAGGCUGAACUUUCUCGUCGUGAGGCAGAGAUUGCGCGUCAAGAGGCAAGGCUGAAGAUGGAAAGAGACAACCUUGAGAAAGAAAAAAGUGUCUUAAUGGGAACUGCCUCAAAUCAAGAUAACCAAGAUGGAGCUCUUGAAAUUACAGUGAGCGGCGAAAAGUACCGAUGCCUUAGAUUCUCCAAGGCAAAGAAAUGAUGCUUGAUGCUCUGCUUAGCAGACCAGAAUGGGAAAAAAGUACGUUUUUCACUCCUCACCUCCAAAAGAGAGGGUUAGUCCAGCUAAGAGACUAACAUGCAAUUCCAUGUCAAGUUGUGGUUUAUUUGUUCAUUAUUCAUUGCUCAAUUUGGAAAGUCAUUGGUUGGUCCAUAUUUUUUCAUCUGUAAAUUUUUAGUAUUACAGUUUCACACUGAUGAGUUGGUACUUUUUGUAGUGAAAAUAUAUGGUUUCAGUUACAUUAAGGACAACUUUGCCGAGUUAAAUACAAAGUUUUUAUUGUUAUCCGGAC